GUGAUUAUUUGGGUGAAAAUAAUGACUUUAACAAAGAAGUUUUAAAGGCUUUCGUGGCAUUGCAUGAUUUUACAAAUUUAAUAUUGGUUCAAGCUUUAAGACAAUUUUUAUGGUCCUUUCGUACCUGUUAUGUUUUAAGUUUUGCCAUCAUCAUGUUAAAUACAUCGUUACACAAUCCAUCGGUCAAAGACAAACCCACUGUUGAACAAUUCAUUUCAAUGAAUCGCGGUAUUAACAACGGCGGUGAUUUGCCACGUACCCUGCUUGAAUCUCUCUACGAAUCGAUACGAACGGAACCCUUCAAAAUACCCCAGGAUGAUGGUAAUGAUUUAAUGCAUACCUUCUUCAAUCCCGAUAAGGAGGGUUGGCUAUGGAAACAAGGUGGCAGAUACAAAUCAUGGAAGAGACGUUGGUUUAUAUUGAACGACAAUUGUUUAUAUUAUUUUGAAUAUACAACAGAUAAAGAGCCCAGAGGGAUAAUACCAUUGGAAAAUAUAUGUGUUCGAGAAAUUCAUGAUCGCAGUAAACCCAAUUGCUUUGAACUCUUUGCUACUGGUGGAGCAGAAAUUAUUAAAGCAUGUAAGACUGAUUCGGAAGGCAAGGUUGUUGAGGGCAAACAUAGCGUUUAUCGCAUGUCUGCUGCCACAGAGGAAGAUCAACAGGAAUGGAUAAAACGGCUAACACAAUCCAUUAGUCACAAUCCGUUCUAUGAUAUUUUAGUACAAAGAAAGAAAAAAGCUUUAAGUAAAAGUUAGUAUUAGCUUUACAACAUUGCAAUAGGAACAACACGAAGAACAACAAUUAAAACAACAUCAGUGGCAUCCACAACUAUUAUAGUA